AUGGUAGAUCCAGUGCCUGAAGAGGAGAAGGGAGCCGAGGUCCCAGGCUCCGGAGAAGGUGCGGCGGCCACGGCAUCCGCGGCCCCCGACGUCCAGGGCGCGCAGCAGCCCACGGCUGCCUCGGCCUCCGCCUCCGCGGCCGCGCCCCACAAGGCCGAAGCCCCAUGCGCGGCGGAAGGCGGGCGGCGCGAGCAGUCCCCGCUGCUGCAUCUCGACCUCUUCAACUUCGACUGCCCGGAGGCCGAGGGCAGCCGCUACGUGCUGACCAGCCCGCGCUCGCUCGAGGCCUGUGCGCGCUGCGCCGUGAAGCCGGUGGAGCUGCUGCCGCGCGCGCUGGCCGAGCUGGUGCGCGAGGCGCCGGGCCGCUCCAUGCGGGUGGCCACCGGCCUGUUCGAGGCCUACGAGGCGCAGCGGCGCGCCAAGCUGCAGCAGUGUCGCGCCGAGCGCGAGCGCAUCGUGCGCGAGGAGAAGCGCCGCCUCUUCACGCCGCUGGGCCCCCUGCUGCGGCGGGAGCGAGCGGAGCGCGUGGCCCGCGAGGACCGGCAGCGCAAGCUGCAGCAGGAGCGGAACCUGAGGCAGCGGGAGGAGGGCCUACAGGAGGGGCGCGAGCGCGCCGAGCAGGAGCGCAGGGAGCGCGCCCAGCGCGCCGCCCGCGCCCGGCAGCGCCAGGAAGGCCAGCAGCAGCGCGAGAAGCGCGAGCUGAGCCGGGCCGAGCGGGCGCGCCACGAGGCGCUGCUGCGGGGCCGAGCGCAGCGGCAGCAGCAGGAGCGCGAGGGCCUGCGGAGCUCGCUGGAGGCCAGCCUGGGCCGCGCGCAGGAGAACUACGAGCAGCUGGUGGAGCAGCGCACCCGGGAGCUGCGGGAGCGGGCCCGGCGGGAGGAGCUGCAGGGUCGGCGGGCCAAGGAGGCCGUGGAGCGCAAAGAGCGGGAGCAUCGGGCACGCCUGGAGGCGCUGGCACGGGCCGGCGAACAACGGCUGCAGCACGCGGCGCAGGCGGCCGAAGAGGCGGUGCAGCAGAAGGCCCGGCGCGUGGGCCAGACCCGGCUGGAGAAGGAGCGGGCACAGCGCGCCAACAAGGAGAAGGUGGAGCGGGACGAAGACUGCCGGCGGCGGGAGCUGCUCCAGGCAAUCGGUCGCAAGCUGGAGCGCAGCGAGCAGUUGUCGCGGGAGCGGCGGAGCGCGCUGGAGAGCGCACGCUCCACAGCGCGUGCCUCCUUCCAUGUCCGGGAGAAGGUGCGGGAAGAGACCAACACACGCUCCUUCGACCGCAUGGUGCGCGAGGCCCAGCUCCACGCCAGCCUCGACCGAAAGUGA